AAAAAAUGAGCAACAUCCUUCAUGCGACAUCUAAAGUGAGAUGGAAUCAGAGCACUGCGGCGAAACGAGCGGUGUUCCUGGCGGCCGCUGCUUACGGGGCGAAAACGCUUUAUCCCAUCAUCUGCAAACAAAUAAGUCAACGCAAAACGCCGAAGAACAACACAUCUGCAUCUGGCCAAGAGAAUGGAUUGAUAUCUACACAUAAGUCCGCGCCGGAGACUGUUUCAGGUCUUAAUAAAUCACCCGGCGUUAAUGCGGAAUUCUUCAAGCAGGUUCUUGAACUGGUUAAAAUCGUAUUUCCGAGGUUUUUAACGAAAGAAUUAGGUUUGCUCUGUUUGCAUUCACUGGCACUCGUUUCGAGGACGUUUCUUUCUAUUUAUGUGGCAGGUUUGGAUGGCAAAAUAGUAAAAACCAUCGUAGAGAAGGAGCCGCGGAGCUUCAUAAUCAAACUGAUGAAAUGGCUUCUGAUCGCCAUACCGGCUACGUUUGUGAACAGCGUGAUCCGUUAUCUGGAGUGCAAGCUCGCGCUGGCUUUUCGCACGCGUUUGGUCAAUCAUGCAUAUACGACAUAUUUUACCGAUCAGACCUAUUAUAAGGUCAGUAACAUGGACGGGAGAUUGGCAAACCCCGACCAGUCUCUCACCGAGGAUGUAAUGAUGUUCUCGCAGUCCAUCGCGCAUCUGUACUCGAACCUCACCAAACCGAUCUUGGAUGUGAUACUCACUUCAUACACGUUGAUACAGACUGCGAGAUCUCGCGGUGCAAACGCGACCGGACCCACUCUGCUGGCGGGCCUGGUGGUGUUCGCCACAGCGAAGGUUCUGCGCGCCUGCUCGCCGAGGUUCGGUAAGCUGGUUGCGGAGGAGGCGCACAGGAAAGGAUACCUGCGAUAUGUGCACUCCAGGAUCAUAGCCAAUGCAGAAGAGAUAGCAUUCUAUAGGGGACAUAAGGUGGAGAUGAGACAGCUACAGAAAUGUUAUAGCACCUUGGCAGAGCAGAUGAAUCUCAUCCUGUCCAAGCGCCUGUGGUACAUCAUGAUCGAACAGUUCCUCAUGAAGUAUGUCUGGAGUGGAUGUGGUCUGGUUAUGGUUGCUGUUCCCAUUAUCACUGCCACUGGCUUUGCUGACAAUGAGCUUGCUGAUGGUCAGACACAAGUGUUGGUGAGUGAGAGAACAGAGGCCUUUACAACUGCACGCAAUCUGCUGGCCUCAGGGGCCGAUGCCAUUGAAAGGAUCAUGUCUUCUUACAAAGAGGUCACAGAAUUGGCUGGUUACACAGCACGGGUACACAACAUGUUCUUGGUGUUUGACGAAGUUCAGAGGGGAAUAUACAAACGUUCGUCCGCUGUCACGACAGCAGGGGAAGUGAUAAGUGGGGACCAACCUGAGAUGCACAUUGACGGUCCUAUGGAGAUCAAAGGCAAAGUGAUUGAUGUGGAUAAAGGUAUUGUCUGUGAAAAUGUGCCUAUAAUCACUCCUAAUGGGGAUGUGGUCGUAUCCAGCCUGAAUUUUAAGGUAGAGGAAGGGAUGCAUUUGCUAAUCACAGGGCCAAAUGGAUGUGGGAAAAGCUCUCUGUUCCGGAUCCUCAGUGGUCUUUGGCCUGUGUACGGCGGCCUGCUUUACAAACCUUCACCUGAGCACAUGUUUUAUAUCCCACAGAGGCCGUAUAUGUCCAUCGGAACAUUACGGGACCAAGUCAUCUACCCAGACUCUCUGAACGACAUGCAUGAAAAGGGUUACAGAGAUAAAGACCUGGAAGUUAUCUUGGACAUUGUCAAUCUAAACCAUAUUGUUACCCGGGAGGGAGGUUGGGAUGCUGAGCUUGACUGGAAAGAUGUACUUUCAGGAGGAGAGAAGCAGCGUAUGGGGAUGGCACGCAUGUUUUACCACAAGCCCAAGUAUGCACUGCUGGACGAGUGCACCAGUGCUGUCAGCAUUGAUGUAGAGGGUAAAAUAUUCCAAGCUGCAAAGGAUGCUGGGAUCUCUCUGUUGUCUAUUACUCAUAGACCCUCUCUCUGGAAAUAUCACACGCACCUGCUGCAGUUUGAUGGGGAGGUCGGCUGGCGUUUCGAGCAGCUGGAUACGGCCACACGACUCUCUCUGACAGAGGAGAAACAGCGAUUAGAGUCUCAGCUCGCCGGCAUUCCUAAAAUGCAGCACAGACUUAAUGAACUAUGUAAGAUCUUGGGUGAAGAUUCGGUCCUAAAGACAACAGAACACAGGGAUGAGGAGUGAGAGAAAAGUGAUCGAUGUACAGGAACGCACACGUUUCAGUACUUUUCAAGUUUUAACAUUGAUUUUAAUAUUCUAAGUGUAUAAACGAUAGUUGAAUGUUUGUUUCUUUAUGAUUAACUGUAAAACAUAUAGAACUUUUAACUUGUUUUUGUUUUAUUUGUCAUUGUUAGCACUUUAUUAAACCUUGUGUAAUAGCAAAUGUACUGUAGUUCAAAUUGACAUUGUUUCUUUUGAAUUAAUUCACUUAGGUAGAUACCUUUAAGUGUUAUAACUGAGAAAAUGUUGUUGCCUUUUCAUAUUUUUUAUGUUUUAUUACUUUGAACGUGUUAUAUAUGGUUUACCUGGAAAAUCCUGUGGAAACAAAUGUUUUGUAUCAUUUUAAUAAUGUAGGACAUUCACAAAACAAUCUUUUAAACAAUAAGCUACUGAAAGAGAUAGAGAGAAAAGAUAUCAAUAGGUUAUUGUUUCUAGUCUUCUGAACAAACACAAUAUGCUGAAUACAUACACCGACUCCACAGGACACAGCAGAUGGUGUCCACAAACGGAGCAAGACAAACGAACAGAGAAUGUGUGAUGUACAUCCAGAGUCACGUGACUAAACUAAGACCAUAUUAGUAAUUUGGUUCUGUAUUUGGUUUGCUAUCCCAUGUUAGGUUGUAUUAUUUAUUUGGCAAUGUAUUGUACACAUUAGUCUUUUCAGACUGAUAUACUGUGAAUUUUGUCAAACAUAGCUCUGAUAUGUUUUUGUGUUAAGUGUAUUAGUAAUACACUGUUGUAAUUUCAUUUUAGUACAUUUGUAGUUUUAUUUUAGCAGGGUAGUUUAUUUUUAAGCCGUACUUCUGGUUGGCAGCUUGAGAAAGACUUUUAUACUAUCAGCGAAUUGCUUUUGCAAUCAUCCCAGAAAUGUUAAUACUUUUAAUACUCUUUAAUAUCCCUUAUUACUUAUUAUUAUGUAUGGAAGGCGCUGUCCUAUAGGUAUAAGGUUUAUUGGGACUUUUGGGGGGGGGGGGCUAAACAUUUUGAGUUAUAGAAGUAAUUGUACUGUAAUCUAAACACACAAACUUAACCAAACAAAAACAUAACUUUAACUUGAAUUCAUGCUUGUCAGGUUGUUUUCAAACAGUUUUGGAGUUUAAUGGAAAUAUACACUAUGUAUACUUAAUUAUAUGUGAAUGAGACUUGACUGUCAAGUGUGUAACAAUCAAUAAAAUGGAAAAACAGCCUGUAAACAAAAUUAAGUGACAGACUAUGAUUUAGUUGUGAUCUAUCUCUGUCUGCAUUUAUAUCUGUAUUAUAUAUUUCCUAAAGUAUGUGUCUGCCUUCGACAUGAGCCAAUGUUGGAUGCAGUUACCGCAAAUUGUCCAGAUGGAGGCGCUCUAUACAAGUUUUUACUUUAUAUGAAUCGAUGCAGUGUGCGUGACAGUAUUAAAACGAAUCAAUA